GGAAAACAUCGCACACCAAAUUAUUAGAAACCAUGUUGCUCCAUCACCUUAAUAAUGAUGUCUUUUAAACCUAUAAUUAAGUUAUUAUUAAGCCGAUGGUGUAUCUAAUCACACGUACCCAUAUGGCCAUAUAUAUACACUUCCAAGUCCUACUCUAAAACCUUCAUAUUUCCACCAAAACUCUCUAAGUGUCAACAGUACGUUUAGCAAUAAAAGAAAGGAGAGAGAAAAUUACAAUAAUGGAGAUGAAUGAAGAUGGCUUCUUAGAAGAGUUGUUAGCUCUAAGAAGAGAAGCAUGGGAUACUAAUCCAUCAUCAUCCACCGUAGAUCAUCAAAUCAACGGCUUCUUCUCAUCUACCACUUGGCCAUUCAACGGCCUUGAUUCAACCUCUUUACCCAACACCUCCACCACAUCCUAUGACUCCUUCACCUCUUCCAUUGAUCAACAACCACCACCACCACCACCACCAUCAACCGCCGUCUCCAACACCUUAGACUGCUCCUCCUUCUUUGCUAACCCUCCUCCGGGCCCCUUUGACCCGACUUUCCCGGGACCGGAGACCGAUUACUCGUUGUCGUCGGCCUUGAUGGAGGACGACAAUAUUAAUAACAACAACAAUAACAGUGUCUCAUGCAAAGCUGAGCAUUGUAUGUCCUCCGGUGAGCUAGAGUUUGAGAUUCCGUCGCCAUCGCCACCGUUGGCGGCGGCGGGUUUCAAUAUUGGGUUAUGCAUGGAGAAGAGGAUUUGUAGUGGUAAUGGUAAGAGUAAAGCUAAGAAGGUUGAAGGACAACCUUCAAAGAAUCUAAUGGCUGAAAGAAGGAGAAGAAAGAGAUUAAAUGACCGGCUCUCCAUGCUUAGAUCCGUUGUUCCCAAGAUUAGUAAGAUGGAUCGAACAUCAAUACUUGGUGACACAAUUGAUUAUAUGAAGGAGCUUUUAGAGAGGAUUAACAAUUUGCAAGAAGAAAUAGAUGUGGGUUCUAAUAAUAAUAAUAAUCAAUUCAAUGUUAUGAGCAUUUUCAAAGAUGUCAAGCCAAACGAAGUCCUUGUUAGAAACUCACCAAAGUUCGAUGUGGAGAGAAGAAACUUGGAUACGAGGGUUGAGAUAUGUUGUGCGGGGAAACCCGGACUCUUACUAUCAACUGUCACGACACUAGAAGCAUUGGGUCUUCAAGUACAACAAUGUGUUAUAAGUUGUUUUAAUGAUUUCUCACUUCAAGCUUCGUGUUGUGAGGAAAUGCAACAAAAGUUGCUGAUAAAUUCUGAAGAAAUAAAGCAAGCAUUGUUCAGAAAUGCAGGGUACGGAGGAAGGUGCUUGUAGGUAUUUGCAAAGUGAGCAAAAAGGAAAGCAAGAAAACUAAAUUUAGAUUUCAAUAUCUUUUGCAAUAAUAUUUUGUAAUAGUACUUAUUUAAAUUUAAUAUAUUCUUAGAGAACUGAGAGUGAUAGAUAGCUCAGUUGGUUAGAGCUCUCAUCCCGAUUCCAGGUGAUCCUAGGAUCGAUUCUCAUCCCCGCCAUUAUGGCUCAUUUGCACCAAAAAAAAAAAAUAUAUUCUUAAAGAACUUUGCAAUUUACAAAAUAGAAACCCUAGCUUUGCUCUUUGUUUUUGUCAUCUGAGUUAGAGUGAUUAUUUGAUGCUUGUUUUCAAGUUUAGUUAUAACUUAUAAGUUUAUAACAUAACAUCGGUGUUGUGUA